AUGAGACAAAAGAGAGCUAAGUCUUACAAAAAGCAGAUGAAUGUGUACUUGCAUACAUUCAAGUUUAGAGAACCUUUUCAAACCAUCGUUGAUGAUGAGAUUAUUUUGAAUUGUCAAAAAGCAUCUUUUGAUAUUGCUAAAGGGUUGAAUCGUACUAUACAAGGAGAAACAAAACCAAUGAUAACACAAUGUUCGAUUGAAGCAUUGUAUAAAACAAAUAACCAAGAUGCAAUUAGUAUUGCUAAGCUGUUUGAAAGAAGACGUUGUAACCAUCCACCAGCGAACCCCAUCCCAUCAUCAGAAUGUAUCAAGUCCAUUGUAGACAUUAAUGGUGAGAAUAAACAUAGGUAUUUGGUAGCUACCCAAGAUAAGCUGUUAAGAAACAAAUUAAGUAGAGUUCCUGGUGUUCCUUUAAUCUAUAUGAAUAGGUCUGUUAUGGUCAUGGAACCAAUGUCUGAAGCUACUACAUCCUACUCGAAUUCUUUUGAACGUAACAAGCUUACAGGUGGGUUGAAUGAUGUAGAAGUUGGAAAGAUUAAUAAACAAGAGGAACUUAAAACUGAAGGAAGUGAGAAACCCCCUACGAAGAAAAGAAAAGGACCAAAAGAGCCAAAUCCUCUUAGUAUGAAAAAAAAGAAAACUGUGAACACCGAUUCCAGGCCUAGUCAAGACGCCAAAAACACUUCUCAACCAAAACCUAAAAGAAGAAGAAAACAUAAAAGUACUUCUGAAAAGACUGAAGAUUUAGAGAAACCUAAUUCUAGUCUUUCAAAUUCAUCUGAACCUGUAGUUACGCACGAAUAG